UAUUCAAAAUAUCACGAGAGAAAGUAUUUUAAUUAUACGACGAAUACUAGCGCCGUCUUUAUUAAUACUUCUAACUAUUCGCCUAUCGCGAAGCCCGAGAUUCUUAAUACGCCCCUUCUUCGGUAUUCUAAGCGUAUAACGUAUAGCUAUAAGCUUUAUCCGUCGUUACCGAUAACUUAUAAGUUAAGUCGACGACUAGAGGAUCCCUUAUCUCCUAAAGAAGAUAAUAUAAAAUACCUAACGGAUAUCUAUAUUAUUUACUAUAGUAUAUCCCGUCUCUCGGCGUCGAACCUAUCUCUGUAUAGAUUUCCUUCUAAACGUCUAGAUUCUCUUCGUCGCUAUCUUAUCGACUUUUAUCUACGCUAUAUCUACGACGGAAUUAGCUAUACCUAG